GGAAAAAAAUUGUUUACCAGAACUCGCGGCCCCAAUGGCCGUGUACUCCGUGAAUUGCGUGCCGUGUUGAGUCGGAAUUCUGUGCAUUAACUCAGAAUAUAGUGAUUGCGGAUAUAAGGAGAGGCCUCAUUAGUCACGCAUCCAGAUCACAGUGAUAAGUGUUCUCUGGAAAUCGGCCACUGUGAGUGUUGUUGAGGAAUGGGACGGAGAAGUCGUUCGAUGGCGCAGCAGCUGCUGAUGCUGCUAUCGCUAGUGGCCUUCCUGGUGGUGACGGUGGUGCACUCGGAAGCCGUGGAAGCCGAAGCCAAGGAGGCGAUUGCCGGCGCCACCGAGGACGGCGACAAUCAGAGCAUUUUGACCACCGGGUUGCGCUUGGAACAUGAGCUCGUCAGAGAGCAAGCCGAUGCACCAUCGACGGUUAAUGGAAGCAGCGAAGGGGGCAUCGUGGCCAUACACGUCGAUGCCGUUGGAGCGAAGGAACAGCUAAGGCCGAACCUGCGCGGGCUGGCCUACAUCGCCACGAGCUUCCUGCCGCGCGAUUACACCUUCCUCGAAGUGGUAUCGGCCACCCGGGAGGUGGUAGCGGGCGUACGGUACGAGUUGAUUGUCCGUGCCCAGGACAACGAACAGCAGCAGCAGCAGCAGCAGCAGCAGGAACAACAGUACUGCCGGCUGGUGGUGCUAGAGAAACCCUGGAUCACGACGGUGUACGGCGAGAAGUAUCGUACGCUCGAGUUCAGCAACUGCACGUCGAGUGCCGGUGAAGGCACGGAACCGACCUUGGAACCGGUAGUCACCCAGUUGAACCCGGUGUUUGAUGCAGAUGCACGCCAAAACGAACCGCUUACACCACAACGCAUCGAAGCGAUGGAGCAACAAAUUAUAAUUGGCCUUUUACCGCCACCGGAAACGUCAUCAUCGACUACGACGACGACGGCGGCGGCGGCGGUGGAGGAGGAUAGAGGCCAGAGUGAGGGCAGUACGCCACAGACCACCAGCGAGACGGAGACGGAGAAGGAUGUCGGUUUGAGCGAUGCGGCCAAGAGUGCCAUCGAUGAACUGUUCGCUGCAGCGGCGGCUCCAAGGAGGGACAGCUAUGCAUCACCAGCGACGACCAGCGAACCGAUCGGUCGUGAACCGGUCACUGAGGAGACGAUCGUACCGGUGAGGGUGAGUCCGGUUUACGAGGAAGCGGCAGCAACAUCCUCCACCAUAGCACCGUUGGAUCAGCAGAUUCAAUCGACCUUCGACGAGGUGUUCCGUACGCAUCAAGAAAUUCAAAAAGCCCUAGAUGAGGUCACGCGAAAUGGUGGUGGGCGGGAUGUGCAGAUCAAGUAUCGGCCCGUCUUCGAUUCGCUGCUACAGAAGGUUAAGGCCAGCAUCGACACCUACUACCGCACGACGAACGGUGGUGACGCUAACGUCGAUACGGCUGCCUUUGUCGUGCGCGAUAACAGUCCGGCCCAGGGUCGUCCCAUUUCGACGCCCCGUUCGAUUCUGCAACCUGACGUAAGCCGCUCGUCAGAGGAGAGUGACGAGGGACAGCAGCAGCAGCGCCAGCAACAGCAACGCGUUCCUCCGUCACCUGGUCAGCAGCCUCUCCAGGUGCAUCCGUUCAUAGCGGACGAUGACGAUGAUGACGGUGAUAACGAUCAACAGAUCUUAACAAAGGAGCAACUGAGCGAAGCACUGAACGCGGACGAUACACUGCAGCGUGUCAAGCGUGGACUGUUCGAUAGCGUACAACCGAUCACAGAGAAGAAAGAGAGUCACUCUGAAGUACCUAAUGCUGUAGUACCCGAAGAAGUUGCAAAAUCAUCUGUGCCAUCCACUAACAAAGAUGAAAAGCCCGCCGUACCAAAGGAUGGCGCCUCCGUGGAGUCCGAUGAGUCACCCGAGGACAUUGUCGAUGAGAAGUUGACGAAAGAAGAGCUGACGCAGCGACUAAAUGCAGAUGAUGGACUGAAGCGCGGCAAACGUGGCUACUCUUCGUCCUACGAUCACUCCAGUGGCCAUUAUGGUGGCCAUCAUGGAGGACAUCAUGGAUAUCAUCAUGGUGGCCAUUACGGAGGGCAUCAUAGUGGCCAUUACGAAGGACAUCAUGGUGGUCAUUAUGGUGGAUAUUAUGGUCCACAGUACCCGUACAACCCGUACUAUCCCGCAUACCAUCGAGGUAAGCGAAGCGUUCCGGCUGAACACGUUGAGGAGAAACACGAGGAGACCAUUCCGGAAGUACCGGCUGGAGCGGUGCCCCAGGAAGCUGAUAAGGCCACUCUGACUGAAAAGAACAAUGCACAGCAAGCACCGAAAAUUGAAGGGGUAACGAUGAUGUUCGGCGAAUCGCAGGAGGACAUUGAUGAUAAGCAAAUGACGAAGGAAGAGCUUACGAAGCGGCUGAACGAAGACGAUGGUCUGAAGCGGGACAAACGUGGAUACUCUUCGUCUUACGAUUACUCCGGUAACCGCUAUGGAGAUAAUUAUGGAGGGUACUAUGGAGGAUACGGAGGUUAUGAUGGAUACGGAGGUUAUGGUGGAUACGGUGGUUACGGAGGCUACUAUGAUGGUUACGGUCCGUAUGGACCGUUCCGGGGCAAACGUGACGCUCCGAACGUCGAAAAGAAUGUGAUUGACCUGGAUGAUCCGAGGGAAGAGUCGGUUAUUAAGGCGAUCGCCGUCGAGGCUAUCAAUCGGCUGGACCAGAUGGACAUGGACCGGUACCAGCGAAUGCUGCUGGAAGUGCUAUCGGCUCGCCGGGUGUCCGAGAGUACGGACAAACUGCGCACCUCGUACGUACUCGAUGUGUUGACCGCGAACUCACGCUGUGCGGAAGAGGAGAGCAAAGCUGCCGAGUCCUGCCGUACACUGUUGAUGCCCAACAGUACGAAACACUGUACCCUGGAGGUACAUGUGUCUAGGGCCAUCAAGGAAGAACAGAAACAGGUAAAACUAACCAAAUCCAAAUGUCAAAAACAGGACGACAACCAUGCCCAUAAGCUGGAGCGCCGCGACACCUCACCGAAGAAGGUGAACAAGAUUCCGAAAACGGGCGCCGCUGAGCAGCUGACACCGGAGGAGUAUGGCAACGAGGCGCACCAGAAGCGUAUCCGCGAGGCGCUGAAGCAGAUGGCCCAGCUGGCCGACGGUAACGGUAACGACCGUAAGGUGACGGUGGUUAGUGCGACCCAGUCAGUCGUGUCCGGUAUAUCGUACAACUAUCGGCUGACCUUUGCCGACGACGAAGAGAAGCGCGUUUGCCUGCUGAACGUCUGGGAGAGGGCCUGGCUGAAGGACAAGGAUGAAGCGGUUAAGGUAAAGUUCGAGUGUCCGACCGCGAGCGAGAAGAAGCGUACUAAGCGUAGCCUUUGUGCUGGCUGCCCUGCUGGUCUAUCGGCGGAGGAACUAGGAAAGCCGGAACAUCAGGAACGUAUUAACAAGAUCCUGUCUUUCCACGGCUAUACUCGCGACAAUGACUUCAAGGUACUGAGUGCUUCCGAGCAAGUGGUUGCCGGUCUCAAGUACACGUACACCGUUCAGCACAACGGUAAGCGGUGCGAACUGGGUUCGUGGGAGCGAACAUGGUUGGAGGACAAGCAGCCGGAAGAAGCGUACAAGUACAGCUACAGCUGCUCCAAUGGCUCACGCCGCCGUCGUCGUUCGGCCAUUCCCGGCAGUGUCCGUGCGCUCACGGACGAAGAACUGGUCGACAACGAGCACGUACAACGCGUGGACAAGAUUCUGGUAGCGAACGCUGGAUCUGUGGAAUCCUCUAAAUCACGAAUUGUGAGCGGCACCGUGCAGACGGUACAGGGUAAGCUGUACAAGUAUGCCGUCGAGUUCGAGCUGGCCGGUGGUGUGCCGAAAGUGUGUAAACUGUCAGCCUGGGAGCGGCCCUGGCUGGAGAAAAGCAACCCAACGGAAGCCUACCACUACACCGUACGAUGUCCAACCGAGCAGGAGCAGCAGCAUGCUCGCAAACGGCGUCACGCGAAGAAGGUUGGCAGCUCGAACGAGCUGACGGCCGAGGAGCUUAAAAACCCGGCACACCAUGAUCGCAUCAAGGCCGGUCUGGUGUCGUACAAUACGGAACGAUCGAAGAGCUAUACUGACUUUGAAAUACUGGCCGGUUCGAUGCAGCAGACGGUUGGCUCGCUAUACAAGUACACCUUCCGCGUAACCACCGAGCCCGAUGUCGUGUGCAAAAUCUCGAUCUGGGAGCGCGUUUGGCUGGAAACGCAGGAGCAGCGAAAGUAUAUCGUCCGCUGUACCGGUGAUGAUCUCACGGAGACAACGGAACAGCAACCGGAAACGCGGAAACGCUCCGUACGGUCACUCAAAAUCGACGACGAAGCGUACGUGCGGCGUCAGUUCGAAAAGUUUAAGUUGCAUCACCAGCGCGAGUACGCUAGCUCGUUCGAGCACGAGAUGCGCUACAACAUCUUCCGCAACAAUCUGUACAAGAUCGAUCAGCUGAAUCGUCACGAGCGCGGUACCGGCAAGUACGGUGUGACCAAGUUUGCCGACAUGACGACGGCCGAGUAUCGGGCGCAUACGGGGCUGAUUGUGCCGAAGCAGCACAGCAACCAUAUCCGCAAUCCCAUGGCAACGGUUUCCUCGGAGCGUACCAGCCUGCCGGACUCCUUCGAUUGGCGUGACCAUGGUGCGGUGACGGGUGUGAAGAAUCAGGGUAAUUGCGGUUCCUGUUGGGCGUUUAGUGCCAUCGGUAACAUCGAAGGGUUGCACCAGAUCAAGACGAAGAAACUGGAAGCGUACUCGGAGCAGGAGCUGAUCGAUUGUGACACCGUCGACAAUGGCUGCAACGGUGGCUACAUGGAUGAUGCGUUCAAAGCAAUCGAGACGCUGGGUGGUCUGGAGCUUGAAGACGAGUACCCGUACCAGGCGAAGGCACAGAAGACGUGCCACUUCAACAAAACGCUCAGUCACGUGCGCGUGAAGGGUGCGGUCGAUAUGCCCAAGAACGAAACCUUUAUCGCCCAGUACCUGAUCGAGAAUGGUCCGAUCGCGAUCGGUCUGAACGCGAACGCGAUGCAGUUCUACCGGGGCGGUAUCUCGCACCCGUGGCAUCUGCUGUGUAGCCACAAGCAGAUCGAUCACGGUGUGCUGAUCGUCGGUUAUGGCGUCAAGGAGUACCCGCUGUUCAACAAGACGCUUCCGUACUGGACGAUCAAGAACUCGUGGGGUCCGAAGUGGGGCGAGCAGGGUUAUUAUCGCAUCUAUCGCGGUGACAACUCGUGUGGUGUCAGCGAAAUGGCGUCGUCUGCCAUUCUUGAGUAGGGUCGGUGGGAAUCUGGUCAUCGAUCGAUUGGUCUAAUGAUCGCAACCACUGGGCAGCUAACUGUAAGAAAGAUUUUACUUGCGUUUAUUCAUCAUUUUGUAAUACUCUAAUUUGAUAGCAUGUCUAUUGACCGCUCUUCCUAUUCGUCUUCUUAUACUCGGCCUAGUGUGAGGCCUCAAUGAAAAGGAAAUAAAAGUAAAUAUUCCAAUA